AUGGAGGUACGAUAUGAUGUCCUUGAUAAUUUGGCCUCUGAGUUAACUUUCCUGUCGCAAAUAACCCUGACGAACAAAGGACAAGUCCCUAUCAAGCACGGCGACUGGGUCGUGUACUUCUGUAAUAUCAGACUCAUGGAAUCGAAGCAUCUGAAGCAUAACCCCGCAGGAUACGUUAUCCCUGGAAAUUAUGGGAUCCGUCUGACCCAUAUCAAUGGUUGCCUCCACAAGUUUGAAACCACAAGUGAUUUCAAAGACAUUGCUGCUGGUGCUUCUUUGACGUUUAAGUUCAAGGCUGAUCAUUGGUCC